CCCAGGCUGAGAGCACGACCCUCACCGUCACUAGUACUCAGCCGCUCGGGACACUGGCUGAAUGUUCGCCCCUAACUUACCCAGAAAACACAAGAACUAGUUCGACGUCGUUUCAAGCUCACCAAACUCUGCGGGAAGUUACGAAACUAUCUAGUGUCUAGAUAGGGAAACUGUUACAUGGACGUGAAGUCUAACCUCCUGUUGCAUAUCUCCCGGAAGCAAGACCGGGAGUCCAACGGGAUCCAAAACCAGUAUCCUAUAAAGUCUUCAGAGAGGGAUCCCCUCCAAGCUGGGGAGAAACAGGACAGCCCAACAAACAGGGCCUGGACUCUUCCCCAAACAAAACACGUUUUUCUCCGCUUUUCCCCUUCCCACUCCCUGAAAUCUAGACACUCUUUUAAGAUAAUUGAGAGGUAUAAAGAACGUCUAGAGCCUAAAGCGGCCCGUUGCCAGAUUCUACUCCUCAGACCUUAAAUGUGAGCGUCCCAAACAUUCUAGAGCUGAACCUGGUCCGCUCGCCCGCCAAACUGCCGUGCUUGAGUCUUAGUAUCUCACGCGCGGCCGUUGAAGGGCAUCAGACACGCUCAACAAACACUUGUUGCUUGAUUGGUACAUUAUGGCGGCUAACGCGUCCCACCUAUUUCUUCUAAGAGAUAUUAUUUUUACAUCAAGUUAUACGUUUAAGAAUGGCUCGAUUUACAGGAGUUCCCACAACGAUUUGUCACAUAUAAAAGAGUGGGUGCUAUUUUUAAGUCAAAGAUGAACAGACGAACGUCCAUCAAAAUCGUGUGGUAUCAGAUGCAGGCGGGGCGGGGGAGAAAGCGUUAAUUCUUCGAGCGUUAGACGCCGAUGUAAUAUUUAAAACAGAUUGCUUUCCAAACUAACUUUUAAAUGGACACGACAGCACCUUAUCCUGCACCACUAAUGCAUUGCAACUAGAAAGAAAACCAGUGGAAGCACGCCUAUCUUGAUCUCUCUAAUUGGAAAGAAAAAAAAUUAACAUUUUCUCGUUUAUUUCUUCCCUUCUCUAAAAGGCGGGCUAGGCCCCCAAUCACGUGAUCCCGCGCCCAACUCCGGGCGGAAGAGGCAGGCGAAAACGCUGCACGAAGCGAGUGGGCGGGCGCUCGUGCCCGGUUGAAAGAUGGCUGCCGCCGCUAAGCAGCCACCGCCUGGGAAGUUACUCUGAGGCCCGCAGCUCCCGCCGGCUCCCGCGGACCGCUGCCGCCUCCUUACCAUGAAGCCAGUGAGUCGUCGCACGCUGGACUGGAUUUAUUCAGUGUUGCUGCUUGCCAUCGUUUUAAUCUCCUGGGGCUACGUCAUCUAUGCAUCAACGGUGGCUGCAAGACGACAGCUAAGGAAGAAAUACCCAGACAGAAUUUUUGGGACGAAUGAAAAUUUGUAACUCCUCUGGAUUUAAUUCUCUGCAAAUAACAUUUCUUUCCCUCAUGCUUAUGUAGAUUUAAAAAUAAAAUUCAUAAUGCAAAGUUCCCAA